AUGGGCCCAUUCCUCCCAAAACUGCAAAGAUGCAUCAAUAAGUUCCAAAAAUCAUUACUCAACAUCGAAAUUCGUCAAACGUACUACAGCAUAAAAAAGCUUCAAAAGGAACAGUCGACUCUACGACUCUCUAUAUCGUUGGUAGUGCCGGACGCAAUCGCCGAUAAUUUCUUUGCAUCCCAAGAUAGGUUCUUCUUGAACAACGUUGCAUUGACAACAAUAAUCACCAAACGCAAGUAUGAUCGGUUGCUUACAAGCACCGCACAACAUUGCGAUCCCACCAAGUUCUUGACAAACACGAAAGCGAUACACAAUGCGACAGAAAAAGUACUGCCUCCCGAGACUGUUAUUUUACUUAGUCUUGGCCCAAAAUUCGCCCUCCCCUACAAGUCAUUAAAUGAAAUCCCGUUCAGUCACAUCAUUGCUGACCUGGAGAAUGUUAUUGUGUCCGAAGACGACAGACUGACCCGAGAACGAAUCAGAUGCUCAGCCGUGAAUAUAGUUCAAAACUUUAUUCAUAGGUUUGCCGAUAAACAGCUAGAUAUGCUAUCCCGCUUUCUAAUACAUGCUUGCAAUGUAACUAGGCGGUUUAUCAAAUCGAACAGUGAUGUAAUUAUCGUUGAGUCAGACAAAGGGAAACAGACUGUUGUGAUGUAUGAGAAAGACUAUGACGACAAAAUGCAAGAAAUGUUGUCAGAUAAGAAAACGUACCUGGCCAUCAAAGCGAAUCCUACGUGGGGCCAUCAGAAAACGAACAACAGCCUUGUUUCACGCCUUCAAAAUCUGGCGCUAAUCGAUGCAAAAACAGCAUACCGAUUAAAAACGACCACAGCGCAAUGUCCGAGAAUAUAUGGUCUACCCAAAGUACAUAAACCAAACAUGCCACUCCGGCCGGUAGUCUCCAACAUAGGAGCACCGUCAUAUAUGUUGUCGAAAUAUGUCGGGCAAAUAAUACAGGCAUCCAUCAAGAGCGACUUUAACAUAAAAGAUUCGUUUUCAUUUUGUAGCUAUAUUAACUCAAUUCGAUCACCAGAAGACUAUGUCCUUGUAUCGUUUGACGUUACAUCGCUUUUCACUAGCAUUCCAACGUACAUGAUUCCUGGCAUUAUCAUUAACAGAUGGCAGGAUAUAAAGCAAAACACGGAUAUCAACCUAGAUUUAUUCUUAGAGAUAAUAGAUUUUUGUCUGAAUGGAAGCUACUUUUCAUACAAAGGAAAGUUUUUCCGGCAGAUCCACGGAACAGCCAUGGGAAAUCCGCUCUCACCAACAAUAGCGGACUUAGUGAUGGAAUCGCUUCUGGAAAACGUCGCUAGAAAAAUUUACUUCCCAGUACCAGUUUUAAAAAAGUACGUCGAUGACUUGAUUCUUGCUCUUCCCCCGGACCGAGUCACAGACGUUUUGAACAUUUUUAACAGUUUCAACAACAAUAUUCAAUUCACUAUCGAAUUGGAGAAAGAUAGAAAAAUACCAUUCCUUGACAUGGUACUAAUACGGCAAACUGACCAAACCAUCCGUACUGAGUGGUAUAGCAAACCGAUGGCAUCUGGUCGCCUCCUAGACUUUCAUUCAUGCCACCCACUUCAUCUAAAAAUGAAUACCAUCGCAAACUUUAUCCAAAGAGUCCGACAGUUCACCACAAACAGUCCGAAGGAAGCAGCUAACAUAACCAUAAAUGAACUGUUGAGGCGGAACCACUACCCAGCGGCGCUACGACAUCGGCUGUUGAAUGGCAACAUCCGAAACACCGAACGAAACACGAGAAAUUCGUCCGACGAUGGAGGCACGGUUGUGUACAAACCGAUGCUGUUUGUGAAUGACCUGACACAACGGCUGAGUAAGGCAUUAAAAGCGGCCUUCCCCAACAUAACACUAGCGUCAAGAUACGGGAACACCGCCAGCAGAAUUUUCACCAACAUGAAAGACACUAUACCUCCAGAGAUGCGACAUAACGUGAUCUACAGGAUUCCCUGCAACGAUUGCGAAGCCAGCUAUGUCGGGUUAACCACAACCCAACUGAAAAAACGCAUAAGCAGCCACCGAUCAACAAUUAAUGAAAUGGAAAGACUCCGCGGCAAAAACGAUGACGAUCCCAGCACACAAUUCGAUCUCGAACGACUUAAGGGAUUCCCUGAUGAAGGUGCAAUAUACACCGAAACGUUGGUGAAAGAGCGAUAUUAA